AUGAUCGUCAUCUCGGUUGUGCUAGGGCUGCUGCAGCUUGCACUACCCGCAGCUGCUAUACCUCGACGGGGCAACGAACCGUGGUCCAUAAUUUUGUGCAAGUUGCGGGAUAGUGACUAUGAGCCGAGAUCUGCCGAAUGGUUUCAGGAAUGGAUCUCUGGCGGAAAUAAUCCGGAUACCAUCGAAAGCUAUUUCUCGUCAGUUUCCAAUGCUGUCUAUACUAUAAAAGGUUCAAAUGUUACAAAAUGGUUACAACUUCCUUGGACACGCCUGCAAGUGCUUCGAAUGGCUUACAUGGAUCCACGCUUACAAACGGAACGGGAACGUCCUUUUGCGAUGUUCGACAAAGCUAAACAGCUUUGCAUUUCUUUUGCUGAGCAGAAUGGGUACUUUCUGAACAAGCAGAAAAUUACCAUACUAAAUAUGGAGAAUACUGCCGUAUACGGGAAGGAUACAGGUGUUCUGCUGACACCAAAGCUCAUAUUUUCAUCUGUGCUGACGCAUGAGAUGAUUCAUAGCAUGAAUAUCGGCCAUUCUUAUAGCGAUCGCAAUAUACGGGUUUUUCCGUACUCCUCACCUGGGGAAUACGACGAUAAAUAUGAUCUCAUGUCUACUGCUAAUGCUCAUAUGCGGCCCUCUACUUACGGUCUGGGUGGGCCUGGCUUGAAUGGGCCACAUCUAGAUUACCUUGGCUGGUUACCGCAAAAUCGAAUAGUUUAUUUUGGGCGCGAUGGCCGCAGUAAUUACACAUUACGGUUGUCCUCACUGUCCGUACCUCAUCGCCUUACCAUUGGGUGGUUGCUGGUGAUGAUUCCGUACGAUAGAGAUGAUCCCGGCAACGUUUACACCGUUGAGUACCGAACGCCAGUGGGUAACGAUGCCGGAAUCAAGCAGGGAGCCGUAGUCAUUCAUAGAGUAAAACGGAUAGGAACGUCUUAUUAUUCAACGCUCAUGACUCAUGAGAAAGGCGAGUAUAACGAGUUGACAUCUGGAACAGAAUGGUUACAGUUUUUGGAUAUCACUAAGGAUGGAGGUUUCCAGUAUAUCCGGGUUAAAGUAGAGCGAGUUCAUCCAAAAUCGCAUAGUGCUGAUCUCAAAGUUUCGACUACAUUCCGGCCGGAAAAAUGUCGGGGUGCUGAUUUUAAAUUACCGGUAAAGCCGUCUCCUUUUCUAAUUACACAUGGCGUCAGAAGCGUUUGUCUCGAACGGAAUCGUACAGUAACCCAGCAAGACAUUGACCAUCAGUUUCUGCGUGAUUCUUUUUUCGAGAUGAGGAAGACUUUUGGACAGAAUGAGUGCACCAAUGGGCGCAUAUGGCGAGGCAUAGAUGCUUACGAUUACGUUUGUGUGGAGCCACAUCGGGCCGAUGAUGUGACGGAUACGGUCGUAACUAUGGACGAGGAUGAUAGUGGUUGUGAAGUAGAUUAUGUCCAUAGGAACGCAUUCCAGGGAGACAAAGCCUGCGUUACUGAAGACGAACGCGCUUUGAUACACAAGGAAAAUGCCGAGUCACAUCUACAUUUGCGAAGUUACGCAUUUUUCAAUGGAGCUGACACCGUUGGACCUUAG